GAUUCCAGUACACUUGAACAAGGAGCUGGCCACACGUGCCGACACAUGCAAAUGGGCAGAUGAAUUCCGCGGGAGUGACUCCUCAAGGGGCAGCUGUGGUGUUUCAGAGGUGGACGUAAAAGAAGUGAACAUCUCUUUCCUGUCUCUGUGACUCACUGGACUGUUGCGGGCAAAAGAGCGGAGCAGCGGGAAGGAAGAGUGAGUUGAGUUCUCAACAUGAGCGGCAUCAUGGAUGGAUUUAUGGCAUUUUACUGAGAAAUUUAUAGACUCACGGACCGGUUGCUCAGCAGAUGUGUCCUGUCAUGUCCUGGCUGCUCUGCCUGUGCCUCUGGGUCAGCGUGACGGCCAUUCAGUUGUGUCAAGCCACUUUCUACGACACCAUACAGCAGCAGCAUGGGACGAGGCCCGGCCGCACCACCAUCCACAUGAUCGAGGGGGGCACGUGUGAAGUAAUUGCUGCUCACAGAUGCUGUAAUAAGAAUCGUAUUGAGGAGCGCUCACAAACCGUCAAGUGUUCUUGCCUCCCGGGGAAGGUAGCUGGAACCACCAGAAACAGACCUUCGUGUGUUGAUGCGUCCAUUGUAAUUGGAAGGUGGUGGUGUGAGAUGGAGCCUUGCCUGGAGGGAGAAGAAUGCAAGACGCUCCCUGACAACUCAGGCUGGAUGUGCUAUGCAGGCAACAAGAUCAAAACCACCAGGAACACUCAGCCAUACCCGACGUCAUCGACGUACUGAAGCUUUGCAAGAGGCUUACAAUUGAGCAUUGUCAGCGCGAAGGCUGAAUGGCAGCGUUUUCAAAGGACCAAGCAACAAGCAUCCAACAAACUUUCCAUUGUUUUAAGACAUGAUUCCAGUGUAUAAAGUUGUAGAAUACAUAAUGCGCAUCCCGCUCAAGGCUGCUGACUCUACGGAUGCUCCGGGCUGCCUGCGGGAUCAUCAACAUCAUCGUAACCUUGUUACAAAUAUAAUUUCAUCACUUUUGCAAAACUUGGAGACGAGACGUCAAAUCAGGAGAUCGUCUCGCUCACUUCAGCAGACGUCAGUCUACUGGCGAGCCCGGGGCCAGAGAGGAGACAGUAAAUGAGUUGACAGCCCUCAGGGUUUUCUUUUUUAAGCAUUGUGUGAGGACAACAUUUGUACAUAAACUCUUUGUGUUUUAAUGUGCAAAACAGUUUUAUUUCUGGUGGAGCCCUGAAUGAGGAGCUUAAGAAGAAGAAUUGGAGGUGUCUUACAAUUUAAACCUGUGUGUCUUGAUGCUGUACAUUUGUUUCUCUGGUCCCUGUAUGCCUUUGACCACCUCUUCAACAGCUUUACCAGUCCAACUUGGUAACACAUCAAAGACCCUGAUAAAUAAUCUUGACUUGCCAAAUACGUGAUACCACUAGGUUGUUUUCGACACUUGAAAUGCCUUAUUUGUGUCAAAUCAUUCAAAUGAUGAUAUUGUACAUAUGAAGCCAUAUGUUGAUGAAAUGUGAUGAAAUGUCAUUAAAGUCAUUGUACCUGUAGGUGAAUACUCAGUGUAUCGUUGCAUGAGCCAAGCAGACUUUUCAUGAAUACUGUAUGUGUUUCGGGAAGUGAUGAUUUACAGAAAUAGUCUGACAUUUGGCGGAGAUAGGCCUUCUAUUUCCUGUCACUUUCCUGCCAAAAGAUGCUGCUGAUGAAAAGCUUGAUAUGCUCAUAUCGGCUUGGCGUAAAGACCAAAGCAGCGGCAAAACCUGGGCUCAUUGAAAAAAGAGAACAAUCUUUGCCUUGGAUUUGCUGCUUCUGCUCUAAAAAUUAUUUUUAUUUCCUUCCUGAGCAAAGGUCACCAACACCAAAAGUGACCAGUUAUAAAACAAUUUUAAAAACCACUCGGGAUUAAAAAAAAAAAAAAAAGAACAAAUUUGCUCACUUUACAUUGAUGAUGGACUACUAGAAUUUGGUCA